AUGGUCACCCAUCUCUAUGAAAAAUUUUACCGAUCCAAUGCAACUCAGUUGUCAGAAUCUGAUAUUAAAGAUAUUAGAAAGUCAAGAGUGAGUGUCUCCAACAAGGGCUUAUUUUAUCUUCCUCCGAUCAGCUUGCUUUGGAUAAGACAACAGACUCUUGAAGUAAUAUUAAAAGUAUCAUCUAUAUCCCUUCCGGCUACAGAGAUUUCAAAAAAGAAUGAUCGAAAAAAAAGGUUAAAAUAG